AUGAAGAGGGCGAAUAUUCAUACUGCCAUCAAUCCUGGCCUCUACAUUCCAGAUGUGGGGAAUACUGGGCUUCCUAUAUCAGCUGAACAUGCGAAGGCAAUAAUCCAGUCCUGCCAUCUGAGCCCCUACGGAAAGGGUACUGAGACCCUGGUAGACGAAUCAGUACGGAAAAGUUGGCAACUCGACGCAAGCCAGUUUGCUCUUCAGAACCCAAGAUGGCAACACCAGGUUGAACUAUUCAUGGACAAAGCUGUAACUGGUCUUGGCCUUACGGCAGAUUGGCGGGAGGUUAAGGCGGAGUUAUACAAAUUACUUAUCUACCGGGAGGGCGCAUUCUUUCUACCACAUCGAGAUUCUGAGAAAGCCGAUGGUAUGUUCGGCACGCUCGCUGUAUGUCUCCCAUCGAAACACGAAGGAGUGGAUGUGAUCGUCUCUCAUAGGGAUGAUUGCCUCACGUUUCAAACAGCACCAACCGCUGAUUUUGGGAUGUCAUGGGUUGCUUGGUAUGCAGAUGUCACUCGCGAGGUGAAGCCUGUUACAUCCGGAUAUAGGAUUGUCCUGAUUUACAACUUGAUACAUCGACCGUCAGCCGCUCUACUGGAACCUCAUGGCGCUAGUAAAGAGAAUAUUACUCGUCUGCUUCAAUCUUGGGCAUGUGCCGCUGAAAUCGACAGCAUGCAAUAUUUAGAUGGUUGGAAUAAUGACAUCAAUAGCUCUUGCCCACAAGCACUCAUCUAUGUUCUUGAGCACCAGUGUACCAGUGCGGGGCUUCGCUUUUCUCGGCUGAAAGGGGUUGACCAGUGUCGCUUUGCAGGACUCCGGGAUGCAUGCCAAAGGGCCGGCUUCGAUCUCUUCCUGGCUAACAUUGAGAAAAAGGACAUAGGUGAAGUUGAUGAUUAUGAGGACUACUACGACCUCAAGUCUUGCGUAACAGUUGAAAGUGCAUUCGUAGAGCAGGAAAGAUGCUCAGAAGAAAAGUUCUUAUACCGGCUCAACCGAACCCCGGAACUCUGCCUCGGCCUCUUUAUAAAAACAGAUAACACGGAACAACUCAUUGCCAACGUCAUCGGGAUUCGAUCCCUCUCGACAACAAUAACCGAAGGCUCUAUGAAGAUGCCCAGUAACUGGCAGUCUCACUCCCCCUACGACCCUGUAGUAAUAGAUGGAGAGGUCAUUGGCAAUGAUCCGCGAGGUACUAAUAUCGCCGUUCAUUCUGUUGCAGUUCUACCUGCGUAUCAAGGGACGGGGGUGGGAAAUUAUCUUGUUAAGGAGUAUGUGGAGUAUAUCCGGAAUGCGGAAAUAGAGGCAGAUCGAAUUGUGUUGAUAUGUCAUGAUUAUCUGAUCCGGUUCUAUGAGAGUGCGGGAUUUGUGAAUCGGGGGCUGAGUCGGUGUCAGUUUGCCGGUGGGGGGUGGGUUGAUAUGGUGCUGGAGCUUUGA